AAUGCUUAUUUUCGCGCGAUUCAUUUCAUCGUCUUAAGAUAUGUCAAGCUAUGUAAAUAAUCGGAUUUCUAUUAAGUGUCUGUCCAUGAAAUAAUUCCAUUGGUAAAUUUAUUGACUUUUACAUGAAGCUACGAAGAGAAGUCAGAUUGUUGAUAAAAAGUCAUAUUAGUGGACAUCUGUUGAGAUCAAUAAACUAGUGAGUAUAAAAGGGGCUCUCAAUGAUCUUUUGUACGAUAUUUUAUGUAUUGUUCAGUUGAUGAAGCUCAAUGAGACUCAAACGUCGGACAUUGCUUUUUCUUUUUGUAAUUUUAAUAAUAACAACGACAUGUUAUCUGGCUUUAUAUCCCUUGGAAAGUCAAGAACAGUCAAUGAAAACGAAAAGCUUUAUGAACAGCUCUGAUUCUCAUCACUUAGCUGUUAUUGUGCCAUUUCGGAAAGCUUUUGACGAACUACAGGCUUUUUUGCCGCAUAUGGAUAAAUAUUUGAGAAACAAGAACAUAGAUCAUACGAUUUACAUUAUAAAUCAAGCUGAUAAUUUAAGGUUUAAUCGGGCGUCACUUAUAAACGCAGCCUGGCACGAAAUCAGGAAAGAAGGAAAAGCCGAUUAUUUAGUUAUGCAUGAUGUAGAUUUACUUCCUUUAAACAAAGAUUUGCCCUACGGAUAUCCCCGCAAGGACGACGUUGUUGUCCACGUAGCCUCUCCACAAUAUCAUCCUCGCUAUCAUUAUAAAAAGUUUAUUGGUGGAAUUCUUUUGAUGAAGCUGAAAACUUAUGAGCUAGUGGAUGGUAUGUCGAACAGAUUUUGGGGAUGGGGACAGGAAGAUGACGAACUAUUUGUUCGACUUCGAGAAAAAAAUAUCCAAAUUCUUCGACCAAAUAAUUUAACAACUACUGAUCAGAAUACGUUUUUGCACUUACACGACAAAAUAAAACGACCAAGAGACGGUUUAAAAAUUGGCGAGCAAAAGAUAGAAACGAGGAGACGUGAUAGGAUAACUGGCUUACACGAUGUUUCCUAUGAAGUCGAAGAACGACGAAUAUUGAAUAUCGAUAAAGCUCAAGCGACAGUGAUUAAUGUUAAAUUACACUGCGAUAUUAAAGGGACGCCCUGGUGUAUGAUACCUACGAAAGGGCCUUCGAAAGGGAAAGCUCCAAGAGCCUAG